ACUCACAUAUUUUAUUAGCCCAAAACAAAGACUCCUUCCGGUUCGUCACCAAUCGGGGCUAGGGAUUUGAUAUGGCAGAAUCUCGCAGCAACAGAGCGGCGGUGCAGGCUACAAACGAUGAUGCAUCCGCCAGUAAACUGUCGUGUGUCAAAAAGGGUUACAUGAAAGACGAUUAUGUUCAUCUCUUUGUGAAAAGACCCCUUCGAAGAUCGCCCAUUAUUAAUCGAGGUUACUUUUCCCGUUGGGCUGCCUUCCGAAAGCUUUUGGCUCAGUUUCUGGAAAGUUCUAAUGAACCUGCUCAACCCAAGAAACAGAUACUCUCUCUCGGAGCUGGCUUCGAUACUACUUAUUUUCAGCUUCUGGAUGAGGGGAAAGCGCCCUUUUUGUACGUGGAACUGGACUUUAAAGAGGUUACAAGUAAGAAGGCUGCUGUUAUCGAAAAUUCCACCCAGCUGAGGGACAAAAUUCUAGGAGCAAAUUCAUCUAUUUCAGUUGAGGAAGGCCAAGUUCUCAGUGAUCUUUACAAGUUACUUCCUGUUGACCUGCGUGAUAUACCAAAAUUAAGAGAUGUUAUAUCAUUUGCUGGUAUGGAUCCUAGUCUGCCGACAUUUAUUAUUGCAGAAUGUGUUCUGAUUUAUCUGGACCCCGAUUCAAGCCGUGCCAUCGUCAAUUGGGCGUCAAAGACGUUUUCAACUGCAGUAUUUUUCUUAUAUGAGCAGAUCCAUCCAGAUGAUGCAUUUGGACAUCAGAUGAUUAUAAACUUGGAGAGUCGGGGUUGUGCACUCUUAAGCAUUGAUGCAUCACCGACUUUACUCGCAAAGGAGAAAUUGUUUCUUGACAAUGGAUGGCAGAGAGCUGUUGCCUGGGAUAUGCUAAAAGUGUAUGGAAGCUUUGUUGAUACUCAAGAAAAACGCAGGAUCGAGCGAUUGGAGCUGUUUGACGAAUUUGAAGAGUGGCACAUGAUGCAGGAACAUUACUGCGUCACAUAUGCUGUCAAUGACGCAAUGGGGAUAUUUGGGGAUUUCGGUUUCACAAGAGGAAGCCCUGAAAGCAUGAACAUCUCAUCUGCAAUGUCACCUUGAAAAAGGAGGGGGGGGGGGGGGGGAGUGUUUUUUGUUUUGAAAACGGAAACAAACUUUUGAGAUAAGAUGACCGACUGUAUCGCUUCGAGUUAUCUGGGCCCGUCGUCGCCUCCUUGAGGCUCAAUAACUCAGUUUCUUCUUCGUUUUGUUUCUGCUCUACUCUCUAUUCUUGUUUGUCAUACCAGUGAAAGACUGCAAAUGCAUAUCUUCAUUGUCUGUUUACCUUAAAAUUUAAAAGUAACUGAGAAAAUAGAGAUUUAAUUUCUCAAAUAUACGUUUGUAAUCGACAGUAGCUUACGUAAUAAUUAAAUUUCCAAAA